AUGUCUCAAUUGACUGAUAUUUCUCGCAAACUUCAAUUUUUAUCGAAGAAAAUUGAAGUCAUUGUCAACCGUAUUUCCGAUCCUGCAGAUGAUAGGAAAAACAUUGCUGGUCUUGUAGCAGAUGCAGAUUCUGCUGCAAAAUUAUUAAAUGAUGCAUCAGUAGACCAUUUAUUCAAAUACUUUACUGUAUGUCCUACAAAGCCAGAUGCUCCAGUCCAAGGCGAACAGACUUAUAACUUCUUAAAUACAAGUGUUGCACCAGAAUUAAUUACACAGACCGAAACAGCAAAGAAAUAUUAUAUUAUGAAACUCGAAGAAAACCAUCUUGAUGAAAAAUCAAUUGAUGAAAGAGUCGAAAUGCUUACAGAUCAAAUAUCCGACCACAACGAUUGUAUUAAUGAAGUUCUCGAAAAAAUAAAUAGCAUAUUAUUGCCGAAAUUCCAACUUAAACAGUCAGUUUACACUCCAGUUCCAAAAACUAGACCAGCGGACAUGACAAUGCUUAAUGAUAUCAACGGAAUCUAUUGGAAGAGAGAAUCUGCUAGUUUUGCCCCGAAAGUUUAA